AUGGGCUCGUGCAUCGGGAAAGAAGAGACGGCCAAGUCGCCGCCGGCGUCGUGCUGUUCGGCGAUUCAGCGGGAUCCGCUGCCGUCGCAUCCUCGGAUCACAUCGACCUCAUCCACUCCUUCCACUAUCGAUAAAAACCACAAUCUCAAUAAUUCCAAUUACUAUAUCGCACUGUUUCAAUAUGACGCGAGGACCGAUGAUGAUCUAAGCUUCAAAAAAGAUGAUAUUCUCGAAAUUCUCAAUGACACACAAGGCGAUUGGUGGUUUGCCAGACACAAAACCACCGGAAAAACUGGAUAUAUUCCGUCGAAUUAUAAAUGUUUAUUGAAUACUCAUAAUGAGCAUGGAGCAUUUUUAGUGAGAGAUUCUGAAAGUCGACAACACGAUUUAUCAUUGUCAGUUCGCGAAAACGAUUCGGUCAAACACUACCGAAUUCGGCAGCUUGAUCAUGGCGGAUACUUCAUCGCACGUCGUCGACCAUUCGCCACUCUUCAUGACCUCAUCGCGCAUUAUCAACGAGAAGCCGACGGUCUUUGUGUGAGCCUGGGCAAGCCAUGUGCGAAAACCGAGGCCCCUCAAACAUCAACAUUCACCUAUGACGAUCAAUGGGAAGUGGAUCGUCGAAGUGUGCGGCUAAUUCGUCAAAUUGGCGCCGGUCAAUUCGGCGAGGUGUGGGAGGGACGAUGGAACAACAAUGUGCCAGUGGCGGUGAAGAAGCUGAAAGCUGGAACAGCGGAUCCGAGCGAUUUCCUCGCAGAAGCACAAAUUAUGAAAAAAUUGAGACAUCCUAAACUUCUGUCUUUGUAUGCCGUGUGCACUCGGGAUGAGCCGAUUUUGAUCGUCACCGAGCUGAUGCAAGAGAACCUUCUGACAUUCCUACAACGCCGCGGACGUCAGUGUCCGAUGCCGCAGCUCGUCGAAAUCGCCGCCCAAGUUGCCGCUGGAAUGGCCUAUCUCGAAGAGAUGAACUUUAUUCAUCGCGAUCUGGCGGCUCGCAACAUUCUCAUCAAUAAUGCGCUGUCAGUGAAGAUCGCUGACUUCGGAUUGGCGCGGAUUCUGAUGAAGGAGAAUGAGUACGAAGCUCGCACCGGCGCCCGAUUCCCCAUCAAAUGGACAGCGCCAGAAGCGGCCAAUUACAAUCGAUUCACUACCAAAUCCGAUGUGUGGAGCUUCGGAAUCCUGCUCACCGAGAUCGUCACAUUCGGAAGGCUGCCCUAUCCGGGAAUGACGAACGCCGAAGUGCUGCAGCAAGUCGAUGCCGGCUACCGAAUGCCGUGCCCUCCGAAUUGUCCGCCAGCGCUCUACGACAUCAUGCAGCAAUGCUGGCGGUCAGAUCCCGAAAAACGGCCAACGUUUGAGACGCUUCAAUGGAAACUCGAAGAUUUGUUCAAUAUCGACUCAUCCGAAUACAAAGAAGCGACCAUCAACUUUUAA